AUGGGAGGUACGUCAUACCUGAUGACUCACAGUCCCAAGGACUUCGAGGUCGUGUUCCGGAACGAAGGAGUGUGGCCGCAUCGGCCUGGCAGCGAUACUCUUCGCUAUCAUCGGAAGACUCAUAGAAAGGAUUUCUUCCAGAGAGUGGAGGGAGCUUUACCCACACAAGGAAAAACCUGGAGCGACUUUCGAUCGGCUGUAAAUCCUGUCCUAAUGCAGCCGAAGAACGUGCGGCUUUACUAUAAGAUGUCCCAAGUGAACCAGGAGUUUGUGCAACGUAUUAAAGUACUCCGUGAUAUCGAUACCCAGGAAGCUCCAGAUGAUUUCUUAAACGUUAUAAAUCGGUGGACCCUCGAGUCAGUCUCUGUGGUGACUCUGGACAAGCAGUUGGGACUGCUCAAAGAGUCGGGCGAUAACGACCAGGCUGUAUUACUUUUCAAGUACCUGGACGAUUUUUUUGAAUUAACAGCCGAUCUGAAGAUGAAGCCCUCCAUCUGGCGUUACGUUAAAACACCCAAGCUAAUGAAGCUAAUGAAUUCCCUAGAUGGCGUUCAAGAAAUAACUUCAGCGUAUGUAGACGAAGCUAUAGAGCGUCUAGAGAAAGAGGCCAAGGAGGGUGUUGUCCGCCCUGAGAGCGAGCAGAGUGUACUGGAAAAGCUGCUCAAGAUCGACAAAAAGGUGGCGACGGUUAUGGCCAUGGACAUGCUAAUGGCCGGAGUGGAUACCACCUCAAGUACCUUUACAGCGGCCUUGCUGUGCCUUGCCAAGAAUCCGGAGAAGCAGGACGUACUCCGAGAAGAGUUUAUGAAGGUUCUACCCGAGAAGGACUCCGAAUUCACUGAGGCAUCGAUGAAGAACGUUCCCUAUCUACGUGCCUGCAUCAAAGAGUCACAACGGAUCUAUCCUUUGGUCAUCGGCAAUGGCCGAUUUCUCAAUCGGGACAGCGUUUUGAGCGGAUACCAAGUGCCAGCUGGUACCUGUGUGUCGAUGGUUCCCCUGAGCUUGCUAUCAAGCGAGGAGCACUUCCCCAAGGCUGCUGAGUUCCUGCCAGAACGUUGGAUUCGUAACGCCACAGACUCCAACGGGCAAUGCCCGGCAAAUGACUUGAAGCUGAAGAAUCCGUUUGUGUUCUUGCCCUUCGGAUUUGGACCCCGGAUGUGCGUUGGAAAGCGCAUCGUGGACAUGGAGCUCGAGCUGCGCAUCGCUCGACUCAUUCGGAACUUUAGCAUCGAGUUCAAUCAUCCCACGGAGAACGCUUUCCGCUCCUCCCUGAUCAAUUUUCCCAACAGUAAA